AGUGGUUUGCAGUUGAACAUAGCGUGUCAGCUCCUCGCCCACCUGGCAUUACUCACUCACUCGGACCACAUUGACGGCCGCUGUGAGAAGCUACAGAUAAAAUAUAACAAGCUGCAAGUUGCUUUUCUUUCAAAGGACAUUCUACUAAGAAGCUACAAUGCGUGAAUGCAUCUCUGUUCACGUAGGCCAGGCUGGGGUCCAGAUGGGGAACACCUGCUGGGAGCUUUACUGUCUGGAACACGGCAUCCAGCCAGACGGCCAGAUGCCCGACUGCAAGCCGGUGGGAGGCCACGACGACUCUUUCACCACCUUCUUCAGUGAUACUGGGGCUGGGAAGUACGUCCCUAGGGCGAUCUUUGUUGACCUGGAACCCACUGUCAUUGAUGAGGUGCGCACAGGAACGUACCGUCAACUGUUUCACCCGGAACAGCUGAUCUCAGGAAAAGAAGAUGCAGCCAACAACUACGCCCGUGGACACUACACUAUCGGCAAAGAGAUAAUUGACUCUGUACUAGACAGAAUCCGCAAACUGGCUGAUCAGUGCACGGGUCUCCAAGGCUUCCUGGUCUUCCACUCGUUUGGUGGAGGCACUGGCUCAGGUUUCACAUCCCUGCUGAUGGAGAGACUCUCUGUUGACUUUGGCAAAAAGUCUAAGCUUGAGUUUGCGGUCUACCCGGCCCCCCAGAUUUCCACAGCUGUAGUAGAGCCUUACAACUCCAUCCUGACCACCCACACCACCCUGGAGCACUCCGACUGUGCCUUCAUGGUGGACAACGAGGCCAUCUACGACAUCUGCCGCAGGAACCUCGAUAUUGAACGCCCGUCGUACACCAACCUGAACAGGCUCAUCAGCCAGAUAGUCUCUUCCAUCACUGCCUCACUUCGCUUUGAUGGAGCCUUGAAUGUUGACCUGACAGAGUUUCAGACCAACUUGGUGCCUUACCCUCGUAUCCACUUCCCUCUGGCCACCUAUGCUCCAGUCAUCUCUGCAGAGAAAGCCUACCAUGAGCAGCUGUCAGUGGCUGAGAUCACAAAUGCCUGCUUUGAGCCAUCCAAUCAGAUGGUGAAGUGUGAUCCUCGUCAUGGUAAAUACAUGGCCUGCUGUCUGCUGUAUCGUGGUGAUGUGGUGCCCAAAGAUGUCAAUGUGGCCAUUGCAGCCAUCAAGACCAAACGCAGCAUCCAGUUUGUAGACUGGUGCCCCACAGGCUUCAAGGUGGGCAUCAACUAUCAGCCUCCAACUGCAGUUCCUGGAGGAGACCUGGCCAAGGUGCAGAGAGCUGUGUGCAUGCUGAGCAACACCACAGCCAUUGCUGAGGCCUGGGCCCGUCUCGACCACAAGUUUGACCUCAUGUACGCCAAGAGAGCCUUUGUCCACUGGUAUGUUGGGGAGGGCAUGGAGGAGGGAGAGUUCUCAGAAGCCAGAGAAGAUAUGGCUGCCCUGGAGAAGGAUUAUGAAGAGGUUGGGAUUGAUUCUUUUGACGAAGAAGAAGAAGGAGAGGAAUAUUAGAUGGGCUUAGUUGGCAUUUGCCAUUUAUUUUGGAUGACAAAACCAGUCGACAAUUUGUUUCAAAUUUAGAAAUAUUCUUUUGUUUUGAUUUACCUUUUUUUAAAUAAAAAAUUGACCUACCUACCUGUAAAGCUUCUUUGUUGUGCCAUCAAAAUUACUUUAGACAGCUUUUGUGUCAAUGUAUACCUAUUUUAUCAAUAAGAGAGAACAUUGUUCAAUAACCUGAUUUUUAUAAGUUUGAAACCUCUGUUGUUUCUCAAUAAAUCUUUCCCCAUAA